AUGGCGGACAGCUUUGAGGAAUUGUGAAGAUUUUAGGAGGUGAAAUUGACGCAAUUAGUGUAUUUUGAUAAAGAAAAAUAAUAAAAUUAGAAAAUUGUAGUGUGGAAAAUAUGGCUGUUCAAAUUAGAAGUAAACGCAAGAAGAAUUUCAAGUCAAACGAAGGUAUGCAAUUUGAGCAGACAGCGAGUUUGAGUCGGGAAGUUAAAAAGGACGAGCAGUCAAGUUUGAAUGUUCGACGAUCCUCCAGAAAACCCAAACCUAAAAAGCUGUCCGACGAUUUUGAAGAGGACAUGGUGCUUGGGAUUAAUAUUAAACAGGAACCACUAGACGAAGAUGAAUCAACACCAACAGUAUAUAUGACUGAAACGCCGGUUUUUGAUACAGGGCCUGACCCCGAAGAGGCGUCCUUUGUUAGCACUCUUGGAAAUACUGGUGUUCGUCGUGAAACACGAAAAUCGUUUCAAAAUUAUCUAGAGACGCUUGGAUAUAACCGUGACUUUUCUAAAAUAUCUGCUGAAGAGCAGCAGCAUCUUGAAUGGCAAGCUAGAAAAAAUUCUGGAAGAAAAAACAGGGUGAAUGUAAAAUCUGAGUCACGCGAGAAUAUUGAUCAAUCAAAGCCACAGGCAAACAAGGAACUCUCUGAUUCACCAUCUAAUGCAUCGUCAAUAAUUCAGGCUUCAUCGCGGACAACAAGACCUAAGAAAACUUUUGGUUUGUCAAGCAAACAAAUUGUGAGCACACCACCAAGUAGAAGUGGUUUUAGUAAUGAGCUGAAAGAUGUUGGUGCAGAUGAUAGCGCAGGUAGUGCAAAGAGAGGAAAAACGAAGGUAUCUGGAAAUGAAAGAAGUAAAAGUGCAGAGCAACGUCGAAGCCGAACAAGAGCAAAAGAACAAUCCACAUCAACUCCACUUAGUACCAAUGAAGUUGAGGUAUCAGAUGUUAUGUCAGAUGAAAUUGAUGGCACACCUACUAGGACAUCAGGUCGAAUAAGAAUCCCCAAACGCCAGUUCUCACUUCUUGAAGAUGAGUCACAGUCUGAUGCAAAGAGACAAAAAAUUACUCCUGACCAUAUUCCUGUUGAAGAAAAAAAAAGAAAGCAAAAAGAAAGUAUUACGCCAAAGGAUGAUCAGACAGCAAAAGCUAAACCAUCACUUGUUGUAAAAAGAUCUAAUGUGAAGAAAGGGAAGAAAAAGCAUGAACCAAAUAAAAAAAUGUCUGAUUCAUGUCCAGGAAAAGUUAAGAAAAUAAUUGAAGAUAUUAAUAUAAAGAGAGAGGUUGACACAUCAAAAAGCAGUCAAUCUGAAACAGAAAAGAAAACAGUUGUGAAGAAAGGAAGAGAAAGAAUUGAAAAGAUAGUAGAAACUUUGUUAUUAGCAAAACAAUCAGAUCUGGCCACUAGUUCAAAAGAGAAACAUCCAGAAGAAAAAAUACCAAGUCAAAAGAAGGGCGUGAAACGAAAAAGGGAAAGUACUGAAGGAACAAAGAAAAAUAAUGGGAAGAAAGAUGGACUAAAAAAAGCAAAAAAAAAUACUGAAGAAGAGCACAUUGUGUUAAAACUACACAUACCUCAUGAGAAAGAUAAAGAUAAAACAAAAAAGGGGGCUGAAAAACUUCACCAUAAACAUCAUCACCAUCAUAAACACAAAAAGUCAAAACAAGGUGAGACUGUGGUAAAAAAGCUGAGCAAAUCAACAGAAGCAAGCAAAGCCUCAAAGAAAGUAAAAGCAAAUGGCGCAGCUAAGAAGACUGUGAAAAAGAUGAAACUAAAUAUCAAACAAGAACCAGAUGAUGACACCCACCCUCAUGUCAAGUUAAUCAUAAAGAAAAGUCCAAACAAGUCUGCAAAAAUUGCAGAAGUAAUGAUGCAAGAUAUGUCUGAACCUUCCACUGAUUUACCUGAUGAAGUUGACCAAGAUAACAAAGAAAAGGUUCCAGUAGCAAAACAAAACAUGAAAAAGAAGCUUACGAAAAAGAAAUACAAGUCACUUGCUGUAAAACCAUUGCCACCAAGGCCUUUUAGAAAGAAAAAGGACAAAACAAUGAAAGCUAGAACAGUCUCAGCAUAUUCAUUGUUUACUAAAAAUAGAAGAAAAGGUUUACUGGAAAGAGAACCAAACUUAGACUUUGCAAGUACCAGUCGUCGCUUGGCACAAAUGUGGAAGAAUUUACCUAUUGCAGAUCAAGAAUAUUGGAAGGCAAAAGCGAGAGCAGUGAGAAUGCCAAAUGGCCGGGAUCCUACUCGAUCAUUUCUAAGAAGUCGUAAAGGCAGAUAUGAUUCUUAUAACUGGUCACAUUUCAGUGAUGUUCCUCCCUCAUCCACGGGAACUGAAGCAAUCGAUAUGGCCGCAUAUCUUAAAUUGCUGGGAGAGUCACUUUGCUCUAUUGGCAUGUGUCUCAAAAGACAGGACCAGAUGGAAGUCCAUGGCAGUCUAUCAGUUUUACUUGAUACGGCACUGUGUUCAAUUGUACCAGUAUUCUGUUUGACGUCUCAAAUUCCUGAACUGGCAGGGUGUUCUCAUGAAACUCAGGCUCAAAUACUGGAAAAUUUGGCUUAUAUAAUACCAGGACUCUGAGGAUAAAAGGGUAUCAUGCGGAUAAACAUACAGUGGUGUAGUUCAUACCUCUUCGUGUAGUAAUAUUGUAUAGUAUCACAUGUAUAUGCUAUUUACUGGUAUAUGUUUUUUUGAAUGUGACAAAUUAUGUAUAUAAGGAAAAUAACGUAUAUCGUCUUGUCUCACAAGGAGUCUGGUAACUUUGGUUGAAUAUUUUGUUACCUGGCGCCUAGCCUCCGUAACGCAGGUGGUUAACCAAAACUGUGACUGAUUCACUGAUUUAUUCAGGAAUUAUUUACUUUAGUGUUGAAGGUUCCUUCUAGCAGCAAGGGUGUUUCAGCCAGAGUCUUGUAUAGACUAACAAGGGCACAAGGCUCUUUAGUUCCAGUGUAGCGAUCAUGUAGCGAUUCAACAUGACUAUAAUAUAGGGUCCGGAUUGCAUUAAGGUUUUCAUAUAAGAAAACCCUUCGGUAAAACACAGAAAUGAUUGACGCUAUAAGGUCCAAUUUACGAGAAAUUUCAACCAAUUUAACUGGCUACCUUGAUGUCAAUUACUACGGAUUCUAGAAUUUCAGAAUUUUUAAUAAAUGGA